AAAAAAGUUGUUGUUGCGGAAACGUCCAGCAAAAAUGGCAGCAAAAAAUACGUCUAAAGCAAAAAUGUUGUUAUGUUUUCAAACUCUAUUAGAUAUGGUUAAAAAAAGAGCAGCUUUGGGAUUAGCUCCCCCUACAAAUGAAGAGGAGUGGUUUAAUACACUUAAGAAGGAUGGAUUAAUAAUAAUAGAUGUGUACAACAAAUGGUCUGGACCCUGUCUAGCUAUGUCUUCUGUUAUUAAAAAGAUUAGAGUUCAAUGUCAGGUCAAACUUGGAAGAGAGUUUAAUCAUACAACCGCUUGCUGUGACGAUAUACCGCAGUUGAAUAUAUUCAAACGCAGUUGCAAACCGGUUUUUCUCUUCUAUAGAGAUCAGCAGUUGAUCUGGGUAAUACAAGGAGCUGAUGCUGCAAGUAUGAGGAAAUAUAUCAAUGAAGAAAUGAAGGAUUGCGAACCAGGAACAAACAGGAGAACUAGGACUCUUAGUUUAGAAGACGCUGUUCCAGUUGAUCAAGAAGAUCUAGAUUCUGAAUUUGAGAUCAUAGAGGAGACUGAAAGACGGGCUAGAGUAGUGGAGGAAACAGGAGUAGAUUUUUAUCUAGAUAACACAAGAGUUUUACUUCUCACGGAUGCCCACAAGAAGCUGAAUCUGAUAAACAGGCACUUGGGGUCUGCAGGAGAGAAGAAUUAA